AUGGAUCCCAACGACAAAUGGCUUAAUGGUCAACGUUACCGGUGGUGGGGAAAAGGAAAGCGCGACGCAGACAAGAACAAUGAUGCCAACAGUACGAAGAAGGACAGUAACCACAGUAACCAGAGGAAAGAGGAUGAACGAAACGACAACGAGGAAGCACAGAAACAGGAACGCGGUGUUGAUGAGGAGAAGAAAGCAGAAGAAGAGAUAGACAAGGACGCAAGGAAGAAGGCUGAUAAGAAGGCUGGUAAGAAGGAAGAAGGCGAACGAUUGGCGAGGAUCUUUGAAGACGAGUUGGGAUUGAGGAAGAGACGAUGA